CAUUGGAAUGGUAUAUUGAAAAGGACAUUCAACGCAUGGAAGGCAACUGCCCAUAGGCAUGGCAGGGAAUAAGGUAUAUGAGCGAUAUUGCCCGAUUCGACGCCAAUUUGACGUUGUUCUACCUUCACGAAUCUCUUCCGAAACGAUUAAGGGAUGCUUUACGUCCGAUUAUCAAGGAACAUGGAGGCGUAGUUACGACGACGAAUGACUUGGGGCCUUCGCUCAAUUAUAUCCUUGUUGAUUUCCAGUCAAAGGAAGGACGGAAAUUCGCGCAAGAAUGGAGGGAGCUAGGCCCUUCACUAUGCGAACUUGCGUCUUGGACUUAUGUUACUGCAUGUGUUUGCGAAGAUUCGCUUGUGAAUCCUGAUGAAUUAUCCAAUAUUCGUCCUGCGCUGAUCGACCCCGACUCCCGACAACCUCUGCUGGUUAAUAUCAACUCAAGUUUGGAUGGUCUGGCGAAAGCCAGCUGGGUAGAAAAGAUUGGACGCAACGGUGGACUCGUCGUCAGCCGAACAGGGCAACCUCGUGUCAUUAUCUGUCAUCCAGACUCUGGUAGAUACCACCAACUUCGAAAGAGAUUCAAUGGGCCGAACGACCCCUUCGUCGAGUUGCCAACAUGGCUCCAUCAGUGCAUUACACAAGGUUGUGUGAUUUUUCCAAGUAGAAAACAGCCCCCAAGACCAGCUGAGGAGCGUCGACAGUUUACGAUCGAAGACAGGGACAAUCUAGUUGCCUACAUUGGGACAGUUUGCCCACUCCAUGUUCCAUACGCAUCGAGCCGCGGGGCUCCAAAACAUUACCGAAAUCUCGUUGCAAACGUGCCGAAUUAUCCUUGGGCGGUUCAUCAUACGUGGCAAUCUUGGAGAGAUCGAUAUCAGAAAUUCAAAUCCGAAAUGGAUCCUCUAAUAGACCGAUGGGUGAGGCGGAAUAAAUCUACAGAUUUGAAGCGACGUGGGAAGGAUGUUGAGAGUACCCACGGGAAUGCACACGUGAAGUCAUCCUCUUCGAAACAGGGGCCCCCGCCACCUCGCAGCUCUACCCAAAUGAUCCCAGAUUUAAAUUUUUCCAGCGACGCAGAACCCGGGCCUUCCAGUGGGUCCGAAUCCAAAUCAACCACUCGGAAACGUAAAGCUUCUGGCGACCAUGAUCUGAACGAGGCUGAGAUGGUGAAGAAGUCAAGGCUGGAACCAGCCGGCGCUCGAUCUCCAAAGGCGAGCGGUUCAGACUCCGAGCUUAACCAGUCAAGAGCUGCAUCAGACAAGAGAAUACUGACAGACCGGAUGUCUACAAAGGCUCUUCACGAUAUCGUUCUACAAGGCGGGCCUUACGAGUCUUCCUCAUCGCAAUCCCAUUUGGGCCAACCUCCUCACUCCGAAGAGAUGUCUGAAUUUCCUCCAUUUCGAGAAGCCCACACUCAGGAUAGUCGUGACCCUGUCUCUGACCAUGGUACCUCUUCAAUGCCACAAGCUGUCUCGCCAAGUGCCCGCAAGCAGGCUAUGGGAAUGGGUGCGUACCCUCUGCAGACCCCUACAGAACCCAUUACGACCCCCCGCACUAAAGGGUUGAAAAGCGAGGGCUCGGUCUUUUGGUCUUCGUCGCCCCAAACUGUCAAGCCCGCUGCUCCGACUACUAGACAGAAAAGCCCUCUUUCUCCCCAUUUAGCGACUCCCUCCAGGUUUGCGAUGCGGGAGCCGGAACUGUUUCGCUCUUCUUCCGCCGAUCACACCGCUGAUCCUACCCCUGUCUCAGGAAGCGGCGAAACCACUGAGGAAGAAGACCGGGAAGAUUACGAUGAUGUCGUCGAAGUACGGAGUCUCGUCUGUUCUUCGCCCCGCGUGGCGCCUUCAGAGUCUCCAGAGUCUCAUCAAUACGCGACAGAAGAGAAAGGCAAAGCGAGAGCACAGCCCCAAGGAAUUCUGGGAUUUUCUGACGAUGACGUUGAUGGAGCGCAGACCCAAGCCAUGCUGGCUCACCGUCAAAGAGCCAUCGAUAUCCAGCCUACUAGUGGGGAGGUUACCGAGGAAGAAGACUCGCAGCCUGGGACGAUGACACAGGAAAUGAUAGCGUACCGCCAGCGAGCCAUUGGUGGUUCGGGUCUGACAUCUCCAAGCGGAUCAAGAGUGGAAACCAUCGCGGACGUUGAGCGGGAAUCACAACAUGGUGGCGAGUCUACCCAAGCGUUGCUUGCACACCGCCAGAGGGUGAUCGCAAGUGGAAAGAACGGUUCUUCCUCCGAGAUUGUUCUAGAUGAAAGGGGAUUCGGGAGUGAAAAUGCUAACUUCUCUGACGAGGACGCAGAAACACGACUCGAGAAUGUCGCGGGUCCUGCGACGGAAGGACUAUCCGCUCAUCGCAGUUCUUCUCGCUCUCGUGGUCCAAUUUCCAAUGGUGAAGCCCCUUCAUGGAGCAGCUCAGCGUCAACGCCAUUCCCAUCUCAUAAAAAGCGCAUGGGCGACGUCCGCGAGAUCGACCUCUCGGUGCCUAGGUCCCGACACCAAUCAAGUCCCUACAAUCUUCAAUCCCGUGAAAGGAAUGGUUCAGUAUCUCAUCUUACAGAACUUGUCAUCAACGAUUCUGUGUCAACUUCCGUUUUAUCCCCAGAGAAUGCGAGUUCUCCAAGGAUACCACCUGCCUUUGUCAGCGUUCGUAAUCGUCGGAUCGCGAAAGCACUGGCCAAGAUGGCGAAGAAAUUCGAUUUCAUCCCAGAAGACGUUCUGGACACAUAUAACUUCUUCGGAGGUGACUUGCAGAAAACACACAAUCUCCUCGAGCGAAAUCGGAGGUUUUUAGAUGAACAAAGUCAGUGUGGGACUCAACAAUAGUUCCAUUAUUUUGCACUCCGCAAUUCCACAACACGAGUAAAAGAUCUGGUAUACAUCUGCGGGACUGUGCCCUUCCGUUCUACUGUCGCUUAAACAAUGCCGCCUUGGGAUGGAUACGCGAGGUACCAUGAGCGCCGUCAAUUCCAUCCCACCACUGGUAAUCAAUGGUGGAAGUUGGCGGGAGCGGCAAACAUCCGUUGCUUUAAACUGGGAGGAAGGUUGCGAAGUGUACGCCAAACUGGCUUCGGAGCUGCACGUCAUCCCCUGAGUUCUUGUAGACACUGACAGUUAAAUUCCAGCACCUUAGCCAGAUUGCGGUUGAGCGCCAAUGACCGGAUGUCACCGGGACGCUGAUUGGAUGCCUUUGCGAUCGCUUCGCCCCACUUUUAU